AGUUCACGUCACAUAUACUAUACAUUUUCAGUACUGGCAGUUAAUAUCGGAACACAGCCUAUAGUAUUUUCGUAUAUUUUCGCAUCGGUAAAGUGGGUAAAAUCUGGUUGACAUCCAAAACAUUGCUAGUAAUUGGUUUCUGUAUACAUUGGUUAUGUUACGCACAAUGAGUCUCGCUUUUGUUUAUCGCCUUUCUCAUUUUCCAAGAAACUUUUUAAUACCGACUCGAUACACGAUACAUAUGAAAGAAUAUGCUGGAGCAGCGAUUCGAUCAGGAGUGAAGAAAUCAAAGAAAACGUUAGUCGCUGUGGAAAAAAAAGUAUUACCUGUUGAAACGAAUGUUAACAAAUUGUUGACUCAUGUAUGCGGUACAAAUAUCUAUAAAGAGGGAGGAGAAGAUAUUGAGUUAAAGCCAGAUUCCGAAUAUCCUAAUUGGUUGUGGAACAUUAGAACUGGUCCUCCGCCACCUUUGGAAGAGAUGGAUCCAAAUACGAAACAGUAUUGGAGAAGAUUACGGUUGCUCGGACUAAGAAAAACUAAAAAAGAAAGAGCAACUAGAAAGUUUUAAUUUACUCUUAUAAUAAUAUUUGCAUAAAAUCACACCUGUACACAUGUAGCAUCGCGUAGGCGUAGGUUUAACGUAUUUGAAAUUUUUGUAAAGUGUUAAAAAUUAUUUGUACUUUAUAGAUUUAUAUAAAAAUUAAUGAAAAUAAAAAAUAAAAUAGAUGAGAUAGUACGCCGUCGUUAUUCGUACUUAUAUAUAUAUACUUAUUUUGAGAAAUAAUAUUUUCGACUAAUCGUAAACAUUAUUACAUUAAGCAUUACUUAUCACCAUAGUGAGCAAAGACUAAUUGUAAGAAAUAAGAUUUAAAAUAAUAUAUUUGAAAAAUGAUUAAAGCUACAAA